CUGCAACAUAAAUAAGUUAAAGUAAAAGCUGGUUCAUUGAUAUGCAUAUCAGUUUAUUCAUCAGACUGUACCUACAUCAAAAUAUUGAGGCAACUACAGAAUAUUAGAAUAGAAAAAAAAGGUUUUAAAUAUAGAAUAUUGUCCAUAGCUUCUUCAUAAAGCGCAUCUACGAAAAUAGCCAGACAAUUUUUCAAAAAAGCUGCAGCCUGAGAACAAAAUAGAAAAAUAGUUAAGUGAACGUGAGUCGAUAUAGUAAGACAGUGAGUUGUGUUGUGAUUAUAAUUCUAUAAUAAUGUUAGUUUGGUCGUAACUUUUGUGAUAAUAUGGCCUUGAACAAAGGGUGCGUUCGAAUGGCAUCAGUAGUGUUUCAUUCAUGAAAAGUGCAUCAGUUCAGUUGUAGCGUGUUUUGCAAGACAAAUUCGAUCAUGGCGCUUCGAAUAAGUAACGGCCAAUUAGACACGAAACCAGAUACGCUCGAGUUGGAAAUGGAUUUUUUACGACCCUCUCCGGAAAAACGCACCAGAUUCCAAGUGAACCGUGUACGAACCGAAAGCUGCCACAAAUACGAAGAUCUGAAAAACAGGAAUCACAAUAUGGAAGAAAGUCUGAGCGAAGACGAUGACGUUCUGAGUGCUACAGAUAAAACUAGACUCAGCGUCGAAUAUGCUCAGAAUAGGAGUUUAAGACGUCUUACUAGAGAAGCUCUACCAAGACUGGACAAUUACCGAAAUAUUAUGUCAAUUCAAGCAGCCAACAGGCCUACUUUAGAUGAACUCCAUAAUGCAACAAUGCCAAAAUCGGAACAAGAUUCUAAAUCGGAACCAUCGAAAACAUCGGACACUAUUCCAGGUCAAUUGAAGUUCGGAUGGAUUCAAGGAGUUCUGAUACGAUGCCUGUUAAAUAUAUGGGGCGUUAUGCUGUUUCUCAGAUUGUCUUGGGUCGUAGGACAAGCAGGAAUAGCUCAAGCAAUCCUACUAAUCCUCAUCACUACGAUCGUAACCUCGAUAACUGCCCUAUCGAUGUCCGCCAUCAGUACCAAUGGAGUAAUCAAAGGAGGGGGAACUUAUUAUAUGAUAUCCAGAAGCUUGGGCCCAGAAUUCGGAGGUUCAAUAGGCCUGAUUUUUUCGCUGGCCAACGCCGUAGCUUGCGCCAUGUACGUGGUAGGAUUUUGCGAGUCUUUGCAGGACUUACUGAAAAGUUUUGGAGUUUCGAUUGUGGAUAAUAGCGUCAACGAUGUCAGAAUUAUCGGUUGCAUUACUUUGGUUGUGCUAACUGUUAUUGUUGUAGUCGGAAUGGCAUGGGAAGCUAAAGCUCAACUAGUUUUGCUAGUAAUUUUGCUAAUAGCCAUUCUGGAUUUCUUGAUUGGGUGUCUCAUUGGACCAGGAAGCGACAAGGUGAAAGCUAGAGGAUUUGUGGGAUUUAACAGUACUGUCAUUUGGCAAAACAUGUUUCCCGACUACAGAGAAAUCGAAGGAGUCCAAUAUGAAUUUUUCAAAGUGUUUGCCGUAUUUUUUCCAGCGGCUACUGGAAUUUUGGCUGGAGCCAACAUAUCAGGAGACCUUAAGGAUCCACAAAAAGCUAUACCCAAAGGUACACUAAUAGCCAUUUUGAUUACUACUUUAUCCUACAUUAUUAUGGCUACAUUUGCUGGUGGUACCGUAUUAAGAGACGCCAGUGGAAAUAUAACAGAUCUGCUUCAUGGUACUUUAUCUAAAUGCAAGCCAAAUUGCACUUAUGGAUUGCAGAAUAGUUUCCAAGUGAUCGAAUUGGCUUCACUGGAAGGCUCAUUGAUCUAUGCUGGAUGUUUUGCAGCCACUCUAUCCUCAGCAUUAGCAUCUCUUGUAUCAGCACCCAAAGUCUUCCAAGCCCUUUGCAAAGACAAACUGUACCCGCGUAUUGAGUGGUUUGCAAAGGGCUAUGGGGCCAAUAACGAGCCUCUUAGAGGGUAUAUUUUGACUUUCGUUAUUGCUAUUGGCUUCAUUUUAAUUGGUGAAUUGAAUUUAAUUGCUCCAUUAAUAUCGAAUUUCUUCUUGGCCGCCUACAUGCUGAUAAAUUUUUCCACGUUUCACGCAUCUCUAGCCAAGCCGGUAGGAUGGAGACCUACAUUUAAGUAUUAUAACAUGUGGCUGAGCUUAGCAGGAUCGAUCCUGUGUGUCUUAGUAAUGUUUCUGAUAUCAUGGUGGACUGCUUUGUUGACUUUUGCUGCAAUACUGGCCCUGUACCUUAUAGUGUCUUAUGGGAAACCAAAUGUGAAUUGGGGUUCGACGACUCAAGCGCAAAUCUACAAAAACGCCCUCAGCGCCGCGCAACAACUGAACACUGUAGAAGAGCAUGUGAAAAAUUUCCGACCUCAGAUUCUGAUACUUUCUGGAAUGCCCAGCGCUCGACCCGCUCUCGUAGAAUUCGCUCAUUUCAUAACCAAAAACUUGUCGAUGUUGGUUUGUGGUCAUAUCAAUACGAGUCCGUUGUCUCAAAGAGUAAGAGAAGUACUCAGCUACAAGGCCAACGAUUGGUUGAAGGCUAGAAAACUAAAGGCUUUUUACCAGCAAGUGGACGGCGUGUCUUUCCAAGAAGGCGCCAGGGCUCUUCUGAAGACUUGCGGCAUCGGCAAAUUGAAGCCCAACAUUUUGAUGAUGGGCUACAAGUCGGACUGGCAAACUUGCCCCCACGAGGAGUUGAACAAUUAUUUUGAAAUUUUACAUAACGCAUUCGACUUACAUUUGGGAGUUGUGAUUCUAAGACUUCAACAAGGCUUGGACAUAAAUGAAGGCUUCGCUGAUAUUGAUCAAAAAAGCAAAUCCAGCCCUAGUUUAAUUAGGAGGAAUUUAUCGUACAGCCAAAUAUCACAAGGAAGUAGCAGCAGUGAAAGGUCCUACAAUCUUAGAAAUCAAGAAGACAGGGUUAAUGAUGCUCCGAACAACGGCAAAAUAAUAAAAUCGGUUACAGAAUCGGUACCGGAUUUCCCUUCGGAAGGCCAAAUUGAAAACGAACAAAAUGUUACCAACCUGUAUACGUUUCACAAGCAAAAACGUAAAGGAACCAUUGACGUUUGGUGGUUGUACGAUGAUGGAGGUCUGACGUUACUUUUACCUUACAUAUUGAGCACUAGAAGAAACUGGAGCAGUUGCAAGUUGCGCGUGUUCGCUUUGGCCAACAAUCGCGAAGGCUUAGAAAUGGAGCACAGAAAUAUGGCCAGCAUGCUGGCGAAAUUCCGCAUCGAGUAUUCGGAUUUGCAAAUCGUACCGGACAUUACCAAAAAACCAAAAGACGAAACUAAACAAUUUUUCGAGUCGCUCAUUGCUGGUUUCAAGUGCGUCUCGGAAAACUCCGAACAGGACACUAAAAUUUCUAUCACAGAUUCGGAAUUGAUGGCGGUCAAAGACAAAACAAACCGUCACAUGAGGCUGAGAGAGCUGUUGCUAGAACAUUCUAGUGAAGCUGAAAUGGUUGUGGUCACUUUACCAAUUCCAAGAAAAAAUAUCGUGUCCGCUGCUACUUAUUUGGCAUGGCUGGAACUUCUCACCAAAGAAAUGCCUCCAGUUUUGCUUGUCAGAGGCAAUCAAACCUCGGUUUUAACGUUUUAUUCUUAAGUUUUAUUUUUAUUUAUUGUUUUAAGUGUUUUAAAUUAUUGAUACAUUUUUCCCUAUGCUUACUCAAGAGGAAAAUAAUAUUUUCUAAGCUAAUAUUUUUAUAUUUAUUCAAGUAAAAAAAAUUAUAAAAAAAGAAACAAAAAAUACAACAACCUUUAAAAAUUAUCACCUAAACAAACCACAAAAAUGCAGUGCACAAAUAAAUAAAUAUUUUUUUUUUAGCUUACUCUACCUUCUUUUUGGAAAAACCCAACUUAUCAAAUGGCUCGCUGCCACCCAAAUUUUUCGUCCUGGCCUUAUACAUGUACUUAAUAAGCGUAUACAUGCCUGGGAACAUUAUAAAAAGCAUAUAAACUCUCAAAAACGUCAAAUAAUCAAAUGUUACAUUGUAAACAUUGGGCAAACGCAAAUAGAGUCUGGGCUCGUUAUGCAAAUAAAGAAUGUUUCUAAAUAUUAUUACAGAUUCGCACAAGAAACCAACUGGAUAAAGAAUAAUCCAGGCCGUGUACCUUAACCAUUUUGCAAAGGGAUAAACGUAUCGUCUUAUGGAGUUUUUGGAGCCAGAUAU